AUGGGCAAGCAAAGACCAGAUCUGAAGGAGGUGAAAUCAGUGGAAGAAUGUGAUUUUAUUCUGGCGUUCUGUCCCAUUGUUUCCCGAGCUGGAACUGACAUUGAAAUAGCACUGCAAAAACUUGACAGCAUCUCAGGCAAUAAACCUACAAUUCUAGUGGUGCUGCAUUAUACGUUAGAUCCAGAGUGUGUUGUACCAGAAAGCACAAGAGCUGUAAAGAGAGCAAACACGAUCACAGUCGACUGUCUGUUCUAUGAUGAGGGAUUCCUGAAGUGCCGUAAGAACAACGAAUCACUGGCCACAAUAAUAACGCAACUAAACCAUCAGGUAUCAGGAAAUGGUACGAUUCCCAAUCCAGAGAACAUCCUCAAUAAGACGACCAACGUGGAUCAACAAGGGCCAGUGGUGACUGGCUUUCAACAAUCAAAUAAGAAUGAAGUAAAUGCAGCAGAAUUUUCCGGGAACAAUUAUUUGCUUAUUCUAACUGGAAACACACUAAAAUCUCAUGAAUCCUGCAUACAUCAUCUAAAAACAGAAAUACCAGAUCUGAAUGAAGUGAACGAAGAGGAUAAGUGUAUUUUCAUUCUGGUUUUCUGUCCCAUCGUUUCCCGAGCUGGAACUGACAUUGAGGCCGCACUGCUAAAACUUGACAGCAUCUCGGUCACAAAGCCUGCAGUUCUAGUGGUGCUUCAUCACACGUUUGACCCAACGUUUCCUGCACCGGACAGCAGCAGAGCUGUAAAGAGAGAGAAUGUCAUCGCAGUCGACUGUCUGUUUCAUGAAGAUCAGGGAUUACUGCCCUGCCCUAAAAAUGACGAAUCAUUGAAACAAGUUAUAAACUAUAUAAAACCUCUGAUUCCAAGACACAUCAGUUCAGGACCGGCUGACAGUGAUUUUGCACAAUCAUGUCAAGGGGAUGAAAACACCUUAUCUGAGAUUUACUCGUUUGAUCCAGAUUGUUCUGUACCACUAAGGGAUGGUGAUUUUAACCUAGUUAAAUCAGUGAGAACAUUUGUAUAUGAGGGAUUUAGCUGGAUUUCAAGGUUAUUUUCAGGGCAACAGCAAAGUAAUGAAGCUCAGAAAAAGGAAGAGAGGGAUGAUGACCAGAAUGAGGAUGAUAUGAAAUCAGUAGAGAGCACAACACAUGAAAAUGAGAGCAGAGAAGAAGACAACACACUGGAACAAAACAAUUCUGAUUUCCAAGAUGAACCAGAGGAGGAGAAGGCUGAAAGUGCUAUGGAAAGUGCUGCUGGAGAAACUGAAAAAUUCUGGGAUGAGAUGAAGGAGAAAUACUAUGAUCCGAUGAGCUGUUUAUAAACAUCAUUUUGGAAAAGACUGAUAAGGUUGUUUGAUCUGAAUUCAGAACAUCAUGAAUAUUCUACAGAUGUGGGGAGCAGACAGAGAAUUUGGUGGAAAAAUUACUGCAGGACGUUGUAUCUUAGAUUUAAGACUUAACCAGUUCACUCGUUUAACCAGUUCACCAGUUUGUGCUGAUGAAGUACUGAUUGUUGUUUAUCACACUGGGUUUCUGGGGAUGUAAUGCUAACGCUAUUUAUCAAUUCUUGCACUACAUGAAUAAUAUCUAGUUCGCAUGUGAAUAAGAGUAAAUAUAUGAACAUGUGAGCCAAUAAAUAUAUAUGUGUGCAUGUGUGAUAUAUUCUGUAUAGGGUAUGUCUGUUUCCCCCUGGUCAUUUAAACUCAUGAUUAGUGUUGCAUGUCUGACCACUGUUAUUGCCAAGUUUUGGCAGUUUUUGUCCGGUCGUCUGUAAAAGGAACACAAUUUUCAGUUACAUGACCUACCAUUAAACAUGGUGAAGUACGACACUGAUAAGCUAAUCCAAAAUAAAAACACAUUUAUGAUUACGUAUAUGCCCAUGCUGCUCUCUUCACAGGUGCUCAUGAAGGGUU